AUGAUCAUCGAGGAGGUUCCUGCUACGUCGUUGAGAGACAAGAACGAAAUGAGCGGAAGAUCCGAGGAAGAUGCACGCACGGAGUCGUCAGAAGGCAGCAACUCGCAGUUGCAGUGGCCAACUGACGCUGCAGAGUCCGAGGAUGAAUUCGUUGAUGCGAUGGAACCCCCAUCGUCGACUUCAGGGGUGCUAUUGACAUUUGAAGGUGCUGCUCCGCCUUUGUCGGGUGUGUAUGAAGACGCAGUGGAGGCUACGGAUGAACAAAUAUUGGCAGCGUUAACGAGAUCGGAAGGUUUUAAAAGAAUGCAAUCAACGAUUCAAGAAGAUGAAGCGGAGAAUCUGAAAGAAGAUGUCGAUGCAUUGGAUGCCAAGAUCGAUGGUGAUGUUAUUGCGGUCGUGGAGAGGAUCGUAGCAGUGAUCGAAGAAGCCGCAGAGUUUUAUCCUGAAGACAGUGUAUCACCUGAAGAAGAGGAGUCGGGCGCUCAAGACAAGAAUCCAACCGAGGUUCUGGACGAAGCUGUUGCUCAAGACGAUAUUGUCACAAUUGAUUCGAACUCAACCGAGUCAGCCGACGGCGCAGUCGUUUAUGUUGCUGCGGUUGAAGAAUGUGAGGGAGCCGCAACUGAAGAAAAAGCUGACAAGGAAGAGAUCGAGCAGGUCGUGGACGUUACUGUGGCAACUGCAGAUAUCCCGGCAGAGGUGAACACCGACGUGCCCGAAGAAACAGUCGCAGGUGAUCCAGAAAGCUCUGUUGGAGAAGUUACGACUCAAGAGAUUGAUGAAGCUGAAGCGCAGAAGACCACCGAGACCGACGGUAAAGCCACUGAAGCCUUGGCAUCUAUUGCAAGCGAAGAAUCACAACAGGAGGCUGACGUUGAUGAAUCAGAAAGCGACGUGGUGGAGACCAGCAAUGGACACGGGACGUCGGAUGAGAGUGCAGACACGACACCAGAACCAAUGGAGGAAACCGAAAUUGAGACGCCUAGACAACUCGAAGUUGAAUUUCUUAAAGAGACCACGGCUGAACAAGAGGCUGCACCUGCAGUUGACGAUGAACCGGAGGCAGCCGAGGAAGCGACGUUAAACGAGGCCGACGAUGAUGGCACGAAAGAAUCCGGUGCGGAAGAGCUUAUCGAAACAGAGACCAUAACGGGGAGUGAACAACCCUGUGCAGCCGCUGUGGACCACGACAAGAUUGUGGCAGAGAUAUGUGACGAAGCUUUUUCAGCGAAGCAAGAAGAAGCUGCCCAACCGUCAGAGAAUGCCAGCCAAGACGUUGUUGAACAAGAAACGAUGGCCAUCGAAGAGGUUGUCGCCCAGGUUGCAGAUGAACUAAUCGAAGCCGUUCAAUUGGAAAACCAAACUCUUGACAAGAAGGCUAAAGCAGAAACACUGGAGACGGAUGCCCCUGACAAGGAUUCCGUGGACGAGCACCUUGGAACUGCUGGCAAUACCAACGCAGUCGUAGUCGAGACCGGCGAUGUAGCUCCUGCGGCUACCGCCGCGCCCACUUCCACUGCCAAGGGGGUAUGCAACGAUGACAAUGACCACGUUGUGGUGAAUCUUUUGCCGACGUUUGGGCCGUCGUCUGGGAUGACAACCACGACUACGAUCGAGCCGUUCGUGCUCAGUUCAGCGAGCAACGAGAUGAUCGAGGCGCAUUUCCCCCCGCAGCGAUGGACGUACGAGGUGUAUGGUUUCUCGAUCAAGGACCGCGUCGUGUACUACCAUAUCCACAGGAAGAGCAUGGAAGUUCGUAGUUCGAACAAUGAGGUGACGUCGGUGGUGGAGACUGUGCGUGACGCUGUCGAGACUGUUGCUGUUGUCGACGAAGUGAUCGUGGAAUCCGUUGUGGCUCAGACAGCGGACGAGGAGGAGAAGUCUGAUGAAGUCGAGGCUGCGAAGGAAGAAUCUGCUAGUGUUGCUGCUGAAGUGCCUACUUCGUUAAAGUUGUCGAGCGAUAUUCCUGACCAGAAGCCUGUCGACACUUCUGAAGACGUGGUCGAGGAGCCUAAGCCUUUGAUCCCUGAUGAACUGAACGCUCAUGAAGACAAGCUGGCUACUGAAGAUACUGUUGUGAAGGACACAGAGCUGGUUGAAUGUGCUGCACAGGAUGUCGACCAAGCAGAAGAAUCUGAACCAGCCAAGCCCGUCGCAGAUUACGAGUCUGAAACGGAGACUCAAUCCGAGAUCUCGGAGGCGCCAGUUGAGGUCGCGAAGGUUGUCGAGGAGCCCGAAUCCGAGAUCGACGAGACCAUGGUUAUCGACCCUGUUGUCGCAGCAAAGGAAGCUGCUGCGGUCGAGGCGCAAGCCUCGUCGUUCAGCUUCAUCCCCGAGCAGAUCCGGAAGCACAGCUACGCGGCCUCAUCGGUGGCUGUUGCAGUCACCACUGCAAUUGUUGCCACGUUAGUGGCACGUAGGUAG